AUGUCUGUGUGCUGCUGUCAAAUACAGCUGAGGAAAAGGAUUACACCAAUAUCCUGGCUUUCCUGGGUUCUGUGGUGCAGUGUGAUGCUGUCUCCUGCUUGGGGGUAUGUGAUAGUCAACUCGGUUUCGUGGUCAGUUACCAAUGAGGUGGAGGAAGAACUGGAUAGCUCCUCAAACGAGGAGGCUCUCCCUGCGCUUCUGGAAGACACGACUAGCAUCUGGAAGCAGAGCUACCCAGCCUCUGUUUACAAGGAAGAUGGGGAAAUGAGGUCAAGGCCAGUGGCUGGGAGAUCCAAGCAAAUCUCUUCUCCUUCUAGGAUGUUUUCCUACAGGAGAGAGAGUGUCAAAGGAACAGACAGCAUUACUCCUCAGGAGCAGGCAAUCAGAACUGCCCGUUUCCUGACCCAUUAUAACAGCUGGGGCUUCUUGGCUACCGAGUCCACCCAGGAAAAGAUCCAAGGUGUACCAUUUGGGAAUUGUUUACUAGUCAGUGAUGGGCCCAUCAAUAACAGCACUGGAAUACCUUUCUUUUAUGUGACUCCAAAGGACAACACUGUGAUAGAUCUCAUGAAGAACUCUGUGGCUUCGCUGACAUUGCCAGAGGCAGAAGGAGAAUUCUGCAGAAAAAAUAUAAUUGAUCCUGAGGAUCCACGGUGUGCCAGACUGACUCUCACAGGACAGAUGGUCAUGGUACCACCAGAGGAAAUGGAAUUUGCCAAACAAGCAAUGUUUUCUAGGCACCCAGUUAUGAGGAAGUGGCCUCGUAACUAUGAAUGGUUCUUUAUGAAAAUGAACAUUGAGCACAUCUGGCUUCAGAACUGGUAUGGAGGAGUUUCCACCAUUGCAGUGGAAGAGUAUUUCAAAGCAGUUCCAAGUAAAGAGUGA